AUUCAGUGAUAACGAAGAAAAAGAUUUUGAUUCCAAAAAUUUAUAUUUUCCAAAAUUUUUUAAACAAUGAAAUUUAGUUAUCCCGUGAAAUGAGUAAUAAAGUUGUCUUGAGCUAUAAUGAAAGUUUAUUAAGAACAUCUGACAUAGAAUUGCUGAAAGGUCCGAAUUGGCUAAAUGACACAGUAAUAUCUUUUUAUUUUGAAUAUCUAGAAAAUGACUUGUUCAAAGGCCUGAAUUAUUUAUUAUUUGUCACUCCAGAAGUGACCCAAUGUAUAAAAGUAUCUCCUCAAAAUGAAUUAAAUAUUUUCUUAGGGCCAUUGGUAAAUUCCAUAAUGAGAGAAUUUAUUUUCUUUGCUCUAAAUGACAAUCAGUUAGUUGACUCGUCUGGAGGUUCUCACUGGAGCCUUCUAGUGUUUUCAAGACCAGAAAAAAUGGUAUACCAUUAUGAUUCAUCACAAGGAAGCAAUGAUGACCAAGCUGUGGAACUUGGGGAAAAAAUUUUAAAAUAUUUUUCAUUUCCUGUUCAAGGAAAAGUACAAAAUAUGCCUUGUCUUCAACAAACAAAUGGAUAUGAUUGUGGUGUUCAUGUGCUUUGCAAUGCUGAACAGUUAGCAAGUUAUGCUUCUCAUUAUGGAAGGGUAACAGGUUGUCCCAAAUUAACACCGGAAACAGUAAUUGCAAAAAGAUGGGAAAUUUUAGAUAUUAUUGAAAGAUUAACAGGAACAGGUUAUGUAAACUGAUGUUUAUUAAACUUUUUAUUCAAUUUUAAUAA